UCAGAUUGGAUACAUCCACGCACACGGCAUUAUCCGUCCGUCCAUCCAUCCAUCCAUCCAUCUGUACGUGCGCACGACACCAAGCAACGCAUACCCCUGAUGGACUCCCACAUCCGUGCUGUCGUGGCUUGACGAGAGGAUGGGUGGGCCGCUUGCUUGGCUGUUCGCCGGCCGGGGAGCGCUGCGCUGCGCUGCGCUGCGCUGUGUGGUUUGUGGUGUCUACACCAGGGACACUGGUCUUGUGAGGUGGGGGGAAGGCCACACUGCUUAUGCUGGUGGCUUCAUGAGACUUGCGAGCCUCCAGAACUCAACACUGUCAGCUCCAUCGCCAUCACACAGCAGCCCGCCCCUUCCCACCAUGCGUAUCCUUGCUGGAGGGGGCGGCAGCCUCUCCAUAGCAAACCAUGGCCUCGCGGGAGGCCAGCAGCUGCCGCCGCUGUCGCCUGCAGCAGCCGCAGUGGCUCUCUCGAUGUCGGCCGAUGCAUCCACGUAGGUGUCGAGGAAGUGGGCGGCAAAUACAUCAGUAGGGCACUCGUCGGCCGGGCCGGCAUAGGUGAGGCGCAUGUCGUGUGCGAUGAUGAUGGUGGCUGACGGGUUGAGCGUCGCGAGAGUCAGCAGCACGCGAGCCAGGGCGUCGGUGCCGUCGAAGUCGUACAGCACUGAUGACCACAGAAACACAGCACAGCCACACAGCCACAGAAACACAGCACUGAUGGUCACAGCCACACACAAUUGACCAUGCAUCAUUGCGGAUUGAUGGGGGCCUGCUCACCAUCCGACGCGACGAUGAGGUCCAAGCCGCCACCAAGCACGUCAAGCUCGUCGUCGGUCCAACAGAACUCAGCGGGAACACUCUCGUGCCCUUGCUUCCCCGCCAGUAGCCCUUCACGCCACCGACAUGGUGCAGCAUCCGCAAGAGCACACCAAUCGAAAUACCUCAUAGCAGGAAAGUCAAUGUGACGCUGCAUCUCUCCUGCCGCCCUUGUCACAUUGGUGUGGGCGACCCUGAGGCUGUCAAGACAGCAAUCAGUGAGGAAGAGACGGCGCGGGGAUCUCUGACAACCAGCAGCAACAAUCAGAGAUCCCAGGAAGCCCACCCCACAUCCAAGCUCCAACAUAGCCGUGUCGCUGCUGAUGUAUGGCACUGCAAGCAGGAGGUCUCCGAGCCGCAGAGCCGCCCGCCAUAACGAGACGCUGACCGUCGACAGGUCCACAGAGGAAGGCUCGGCUGCUCUGGGCGCCGAUAAGACCGAGAAGCGAGCUGCAUGGGCACCUCGGAAUGGACGAGGCAGGUCGAGGUCACCGUCGGCAUCUCCAAACAUGGCAACAUCACCAUGGCUGCCUUUGUCGGGUUCGGAAAGUGCCACGUCGAAGAAGAUCUCUUCUUUUUCCACAUCCAUGGCUACCCGCGCCAGCGAAACCGCCUCCUGG